AUGCCCUUAUACACCAAGUUCUUGAAAGAGCUUAUUAACAAGAAGAGAAGUUGGCAAGAGAAUGAAACCAUACUGCUCACUGAAGAAUGCAGAGCGUUAAUCCAAAAAGGACUUCCACCUAAACUUGAAGAUCCUGGAAGCUUCUUUCUACCUUGUGCCAUUGGCAGUAUGACCAUCAAUAAGGCGAUGUGCGACUUAGGAGCUAGUAUCAACUUGAUGCCUUCUUCUUUAGUGAAGAAGCUGUGCAUAGAAGAAGUGAAACCAGUACAGAUGUCCUCAGAACUGGUGGACAAGUCCGUGAUAUGUCCCAGGGGUGUGAUUGAGAACCUUCUAGUAAAAGUGGACAAAUUCAUCUUCCCAACAGAUUUUGUGAUCUUAGAUUUAGAUGAAGAUGAAGGUGAUUUCAUUAUAUUGGGAAGACCAUUCUUAGCCACUGCAAGGGCCAUUAUAGACGUAGAACGAGGAGAGCUAACCCUCAAAAUGCAUGAUGAAAGUGUCACCCUGAAUGUACUUCCAGAAACACAGUUCAUUGAUGAAAAGAAGGACUGUAUGAAAAUUGACAAAGAAAAUCUGCAAUGGAAGGAAGGGAUCAACAAGACAAACAACAGUUGCUUUCCAAAGCAAGAGAUAGAUGAUACAGCAGGUCAAAUAGAGGAAGAGAUUGUGCAAAAUAAUGAAGAAGUUUAA